AUGGCGACGGCGGCGCGAGGCUGCAGCAGCAGCCGUGCAGCAGCGGCAGGAAGGGGAGGCCAGGGGCGCGGCGGAACUGCGGGCGAGCAGCGCAGCGGCAGAGGAGGCGGGCAGACGCGGGCGGCAGGGGCGCGGCAGGAGCGGGCGAACGACACGGGUGGCGGCUACGCGGGGGACUGCGGGCGCGCGAGCUCGCGCGCAGCCACGGGCGCGAGGCAACCAUCGGCGCGGGCCGCGCGGGCGGGGCGCCGCGAGCGCGAGCGCGGGGCAGAGGAGAAAGUGGGAGGGAGGCGGUGCACCCUCCACUUCAAGUACAAUGGAGCGGCGAUCCUCUUCGUGAGGGUGUUCGGCGAAGACGGUCGCCGCGCUGGGUGCUGCCCUGAAGACAACGAUGGUGACGAGGUGCUCGGGCUUGGCGAGGGCCGUGACGAGGAAGAGGGUGAACUCGCCCUUGGCGACGGCCGCGGCUCGUCCCGCGACGGCAGCUCCUCCUCCGGCGAAAGCUCCAGCAGCGGCGGCUAUGACCAGCCACCCGUCGUCGGGCUCGCUUCGAGGAUGGUGGCGGGCCGUCCCGUCGCCACACCCAAGUGA